AUGCGAUCGGACGCCCAGCGUACUGCGAUAUCCGGCGUUUACGAUGGAGGACGACGCCAAGGACGCGCGGCUCGUGGCGUCGCCGCCCGUGCGCGAGGUCCACUUGCAGUCGGCCGACUUUUCGCAGUUUGACGGCGCCGCGCUCUCGGCGUGGCACCUGGCGCAGCUGCUACAGGCGCCGCCGACCGCGGUCGCCACCCAUGGCCUCGAUACGCAGGCAGCGACGUACGUGCAGAUGACGCUGCCGGACGAAGGCGUCGCGCUCGCAAGCAUUGCGUUUGGCGACGUCGACCCGAGUAUGGACGCGGUGGUGCGCGACGAGCCGACCGAGCCAAUGCGACUGAACGUGACGCCGCAGUCGGCCGUGUACCUCUCGUUUAAAAAGUACCGCGUCGUCAUCUGCCUCGACGCGAGUCCGUCGAGCUUGUCGAUCGACCCUGUCUCGGGCUCGCUCUUCCUCGACGUGUCGUUCACGUCGGUCGAGCGCCUCUUGCAUGCGCUCGUGCAACGCCCUUUGGAGCCCGCAACGUAUGCGACGCCCGAGCUCCACAUUUCGAUUCUUGUGCAGGGCGCGCUCGUCGACUCGCUGUGCGUGCUGGCCCAAGGCUACAUGGUCAACGACACGAACGUGCACACACUCGUGUCGCUUCUGCGCCAGCGCCUCCAGCUUCUCGAAGACAAGUGGGCAACGGCGUCGCCAUCGUCGACGCUGCCCGCCGCGGCGCCGUCGUCCUUGGCCAUGACGCUCCAGAACGCCACCUUUGCGCUCAACUCGCUGCCGCACGACGCGGCGCCGCUGCUCGUGCUCGUGACCGACGGCGUCGUCGACCUCCCGCAUGUCUACGCUUACGACCACAUGAUGAUGCAGUUGGCGCGCCACCACAUCACUUGCCACGCCAUCCAGCUCGGCGGCGGCUUUGUACCCCACUGCUCGUUCGGGUACGUGCCCGACACAGACUUGCUUCGGUACGUGACGGCCGCGACCGGCGGCGCCUUCUUUGACAUGGAGACGCUGAGCUCGCUCCCAACAUCGGCGACACCGUUUGCCAACCACGUGCAAGCCGCGUGCUUUCUGCAGCCGUCCAAAGUGUGCCCGGCGAAUCCAUCGCCCGAGAUGCCACUGGUCGCGGACCGCGUCCCGAUGGACCUCGUCAUGUCGUACCGGCCACUGCGCAUCUUUCGCGAGAAGGUCCAUGAGUUCAAGUUUGUGGGCGCGAUCGCCAAGCUCGCGUCGGCGCGGCUCGAAGAAGGCUUUUGCGUCGCCAAGGUCGCUUCCAGUGCAAAAGACGGCAGCACGCGUCUCCACUGCGUUCUACAGUGGACGUCCGACGUCUGGCUCGAGUAUACGAUCGGCGGUCCCCUCGGAAGCGACGGCGAGCUCACGAUCCGCAUCGAUGUGCUCGCGCACGCCAAGUUUCUCGAAGAGUUUGCCGCCGUCCGCAGCAUGAGCGCGCCACCCGUCAACUCGCUCUGCGUGCUGCUGCAUCGGUUCCUCAAGGACAUGUACGAGCGCGAUCGAACGUUCCUGCAUCUCGUGUCGGCGAUGACGAUGCCGACGCUCGACCAAGAUACGACAAAGCUGCAUUCCUUUUCGCGCAUGGCGACGACGGUAGCGGCGCCCCACCCGGUGUUUUUGCUCGUCGGCGAGCUCUCGCCGCUCCUGUGGCACCGCUGGUUCCACGUCGAGCGCUUUGAGAUGUUGCUCUUGGAGUCGACCACGUACCCAAAGGAUCCGUUGCUGCUCGAGACGCUGAGCAAGUGGUCAUCCAUGGCCUUGAGCGCCGACAUUUACCUCAAGUUUCUCGACACGUCGUCGUCGUCGAAAGGCAACGUCAACCGCAAGCAACGCGGGUCGCUCACGCUUUCGUUGCCGUCGUCGGCGUCGGCACCGGCGCGAAAAGCGCUCUGCUUUGUGCGACUCGAGCGCACAGGACAUGCGCUUGUCGUCAUCUACGUGGCGUUCUAUGGCACGUCCACGUCGGCGCGCAAGGCGGUGCUCGCCGACCUCCAGCGCACACUGUAUGCUGGCGUUAACCCGACCGAGACGCCACCGUCCAUGGUGCUCUGCCACCGGCAUGUGCAGCGACUCUUCCUCCUACCGCACAUCAUCCACGAUCUCAUUGCACCGCCAACGACGCACGAAGAACGGUCGGUGAACGCACCGUUGAUUGCGAGCUGUUGCUCCGGGUCGGGCCUCGUCGGGUCGGUGUUUGCUGCGUACAUGUGGCGGACGCUAUGGUGCUGGCACGUCGAGUCGGCGCAGCAAGACGAGACCAUCGACCAGCUUCAAGAAGAACGCUUGAACAGCGACGGCUUUUGCGUCGUCCAGGCCGACGACAGCUUUGUCUUGUUGGCCAAAGAGGUGCUGCUCGAGAACAAGAAGAGCGCGGUCGUGCAGUAUGCGAUCACAGUCAUCUCAGACAGCGUCCUCUGCACAUCGCUGUGGAUGGAGCCGACGAGCGGACGCAUUUGUGACACGUCCGGAACCUUUGGCGCACCGCCCAACGACGACGACGACGACAACAACCCGAUGAGCGACGGUAUCGAGUCGGCGUCGUACUACCAAGAGAUGCAAGCCGCGACGUACCUCGCUGACGUGCACAUACUCUCUUGCAUGUCGACGUUCUACCGCAUUCUCCAAGCGACCAAAGACGAGUCGACGGUCGUCGGGCCCCUCGAUCGGCUCGGGCCGGAAGCCGCGACCGCCGGGCCUUUUCACGUGCAAGAGUCGCCGUUCAGCACGGCGCGGCUCCUCACGACGGCCACCAAGACGUCGGACCGGUUCCUGCUGUACAUGGAGCCGGACGCGGCCAACGUGGAGCUUCAUGGGAUGCUGCUCGAGAGCAUCAAGCGGCUCAGCGACGUCGAGGUUGCGUGGACCGACGAGAUGGGCACCGAGUCGCGCAUGCACGGCGUCUUUCCGCGGCUCACGGGCGGCCCGCUCUGGUCGGCGGCGCGCGAAGUCGCUCCGAGCUGCUCGUCGCUCGCCCCCGGUCGGUGCUUUGCCAAGCUUCUCUCCGAGACGACGUUUGUGCUGGCGUUUGUGCCGUCGCUCGAGUCGGUGCCCACCCCCCGUGGUUGCGACGUACCGAGCUCGCCGGUCGCGCUCUCGGAGCGCCUCAAGUGGCUUGCCGGCAUGUCGUCGUCGGUCGUGCUCAACGCGCACCACCCCAACCCAAUGACGUCCGCCGACGUUGCACGAUUCGAAGCCCGGCGCGCGCUCUUUGAGCCCAAAGCCGACACGUGUUCGUCGUACUUGGCGCUGCCGCUGACCUUUUUCGAGUGCUCGCUCGAUGACAAUGCGUCGAUGGCGGCCACGUCCGGCUUGGACGUGUACGUCAAGCACCUCAAGGCGGCGCACGAGACCAACUUUGCCCACGGCGUGUACCGAGCGCUCCGCGAGCAGCACGUGACGCUGCAGCCGUGCGACUUGCUUCAGGCGCUCUGGAGCUGCCAGCAAGUGGCCAUCGACCUCGACGUCUCGUUAUUGCACCACAUGUUGCAUUUGCUGCCGUUGGUGCCACGUACGAUCGACCCGGCGUUCGACGCGCUCCUCUCGCAGGUGCUGACAUCGAUCCCGAAGACGCAGUGGUACUACUUUGCUGCGCAAAACGACGACAUUGUCCCGUUCUUUGUCCGCCUCGAGUGCUAUCAAGACGACAAGGGCGUCGAGAGCGACGUCGACGGCGCCGGCCGCCCGCGCUCCAACAGCGUCCGCGUCCUCUCGGACACGCAGCAGUUCACCGACGUGCUCACGUCGAUGCUAUGCGCCGCAAACUGCGUGCCGUCGCAGUCGUCGUCGGAUGAGGACGAUGACGCGUCAAACGAGGCGACCGAGAGCAAGGUGACGACGCUGGAGGCCGACGUCUUGGCGGUCGUCGACGCCUUGCGCGGGCCGCGACAUCCGAAAACGUACUUGCGUCUUGUGGUCAUGACGCUGCCGCCGGACCCGCUUUUGAAGAAGGACAUGGACGAGACGGUCCUGCCGCCGACGCAGCACCAAGUGUUUCAGGACCUCCGCUUGCGUCUCCAAGAGCUCUGCGCUGUCCAGGUGCUCGGGAUGCUGCAGUGCUUGCCGACGCUCACACCGGCGCUCGGGUCGCUCGUGCAACUGCUGUUUUUGGAGCUCCCGACGACGUCGCUUCGACGUGUUCAGUACCCGCUCGAGUUUUUGCCCGUCGACGGCGUUGUCUCUGCCAUAUCGCUCUUCCGAACGCAGCUGCUGGCGAGCCACGUGCUGCCGCUGCAAGCGUGCAACGACCUCUAUUUCGUCGUGUCGGACGCGCCGUACUGGGCCUUCUUUGCGGUCGACGACGCCAAUACGACGGUGUGGCUGCACUUGCACGUGGCGCCAAGUGCGGGCGUCGACGAAGUGUCGCUUUUGACGCAGUUGCACCUCGGUGUCCUAGCAGUCGCCAAGCAAGUCAACCAGAUCAUUUUGCUCCAGCAACUGCACGAAUCCCGGAGCUGUUCGUCGCUCUUGCUCAAGUCGUCGUCGUCGACAACGACACCGUCGCACUCGUCGUCGUUUGACGCGGCCGUUGCGUCGUCGUCGUUCUUUUGGCCCGGCCAGUUUGAGUGCGUGUGCCAGUUCCGACGGAGCUUCAAGCUCCAGGACCGCCUCAUUCCGAGCGUGACGCUCAACAACGUGUGCACGGCGGCCCUCGAGCAGUUCCAGGUCCAUAAUCGACCGCACAUGUUUGUCUACAAGGACAAGGCAGGCCACGUGUUUUACAUGCUCCUGACGCUGCACGAAGCGACGCGGCAGGUGGAGCUCACCGUCUACGGCAUCUGCGCGCCGUCGGACGAGGUCACGAUCGAGCUCUGCCGCGUCCUCGAGCGCAAGAUUGACGAAGCGACGCAGCUGAUUCUGAUGAAGCUACUGGCGCGCAACGCCAAGUUCCCGUUGGUGGCCACCGACGUGCAGUUUCUGUGUCCCGACGUUGCGGCGCCGACGCACGUCACGUCGUUUGCGCUGCCGACCCCUGUGCGCGACCCAAUUGUCCUGCUCCACCUCAUCAAGGACAAGAUGACCGAACCGUCGUACGCCCGGUCGAUGCCGCCCACACCGUCGAUCGACGUCAACGUGCUGCACCCGGCGUAUGUGUUUGGCGCCAAGAAGCAGCAUGAAGCACCGUCGUCGCCCGUGUGCUGGACAGCCGAUGCGGGUCGUCUCGAGUCGACACCGACGCAUUCGUUUGUCCUCAACAUGAACCCCGAGUUUGGCGCGCGCUCGGGCUUUGUGACGUCGUGUGGCAAGGGCCUCGCGCUCGUGCACAUGGACUUGCUCGACGGCGCGUCCGUCGUGCACCAUGCACCCACCGGUUGCUUCGCGCCGCCUGGUACGGUCUGGUCGCAGGUCCUGAGUGCAUCACCGUCACCGUCGUCGUCGUCACCGUCGUCGUCGUCGUCGUCGUCCUUGCCCACGGGGUUCCACGUUCGCUUUCGCGUCUACGUGCGCGGCCAUCUCAACUGCGCGGUGUUAUCCGAGAUCUUUGUGCUCUCGGUCAAGCAGGCGCUGUACGAGUAUGCACUGGAGGCCAUGUUGGCCGAGCCGUCGACGUCGUCCGUGUACCCGGCGACGAUGCUGACCGAAGUGCAACGGCUCUUGAAGGACGCGGCGCAGCUCACGACGACGACGGCGGUUCUCUUGACGCAGACGCAAGUGCUGCCGACGUACGAGAUUCCGCACAUUGUCAAGCAAGUAGCGUCGUUGCUGCAGUGCUUGCCGUCGUCGCACUGGCCGUCGACGUACUACCAGUCGACGCCGUCGUCCCCGUGUGCGCUCUUUGACGCCGACUCGUCGGUGGUCGCGUCGACGUAUACAUUUCGCGACACGUUUGUCCUUGUGUGUCCGCGGCCGCCACCGACAGUGUUCUCUCCGCCCGAGGACCCACAGCCGCUCCCCAAGACGAGCUCGAUGCACUCGCUCGCCAGCGUCGACACGGUCACGAGCAGCUUGCCGUCGCCGAUGGCGUCACCACGGCACCCGCCGAUGCCGAUGGCCAAAGAAUACUCGCUCCACGAUGCCAUGUUGCACCCGACGCUCGGCGUCCUCGGGCGCCGGCACCUCUUUUACGCGGUGCAGAUCUCGCACCACGGGCUCUCACUGCUGAGCUACAACGUGCACCCGUCGGCGCUCGAGUCGCUCUGUCUCGGCAUCUCGAAAGCGCUCUCGUGGUGUGCGCUGCGGCAGUCCCUCUUGAGCAGCAUCCUCUUUCAAAAGCGGGGCUUUGCGUUGGCCGCGCCGACGCAGUGCAUUGUGCUGCAACCGACGUCGCUCGUCGAGCGCCGGGCGCCGGUCCUUGGAAAGAACCCGUUGCACUUGGCGCGGGAUGUGGUGCAUGGCACGAUCGUGUUUACGCCGCAGAUCUUUGGCGUCGUCUUGGAGCACACAACCGCGCCGCGGUCGCUCGUGACGUCGACGUUCCGGGCAAUUGAAGGCAUGGGCCUCGCCGAGUAUCUGCGCGAGACCGGCACGUACAUUGAAGACCUCUCGGUGCGACCCCGCGCGAUCUCGGGCACCGCCGACAAGCUUGAGCACUCGGCCGUCUCGACGCCCAUGUCGACGUCGUCGGCGACGUCGUCCAUGUCGUCGGCGCCCACGCUCUCGUCGUCGUCGUCCGGGCGGUCGCUGACCGUGCCGGCGCCGGUUGCCGCGCCGAUCGUGCGCAAGCCGGCGAACGCGACGAACGCGCUCAUGGCCGCCCGCGCCCGCGCCCGAGGUCCGUUGAAAGGGCCGUCGGGGGCGACGCCGCCGAGCGCCACCGGUUCGGACGACGGCAACGACAACAAACCGCCGCCCGCGUGGUCGCUGACGCUCAACAAGGACGCGAUCCCGCCCCGUGUGAGUAAGAACAAGGCGUCGCCGGUCGUCCCGUCGGCCGCUGCACUUGCGACGCGGCGGCCGUCGGGGCCGUUGCCGCAGCACCCGGAGAUGACCAAACCGCUGUUGACGACCACGACCAGUGGCAAUACCCAAGCCACCAAGGACACGUCGCUCGCGUGGCGCAGUGCGCUCAAGACGCUGCUGCCGUCGUCGUUUAGCCACUACCACCGCGACGACCGCGACGUCGAAGGCUCGACAAAAGCUAAAGACCCGCUCGUCUUCCACGGCGUCAACUUGCGCUCGGCACUGGACUUUCACGCGUCGCACCGGUCGAGCUACACGAUGGUGUACGGUCUCUUCAAAGGGCUCAUGAAUUCGACGUCGGUCGUGCCGGCGCCCGACACGCUCCGCAAGCUCGUCGACUGCAGUCGGCUCAUUGGCCAUCGGCAGCUCGCAGUGUCGUUCAGUGGCGCGUUGCCGCGCCGGACGACGGCGCCGUCCCACGACAUUCUCUCGUUGCUGGCGUACGAGAUCCAGUUUAUCUUCAACAACCUCUUUGGCAGCAUUGCGCGGCUGCACGUCGACGAUCUGCUGUGCACUGAAGGCAUGCCGGCCAGCGCCGCCUACAGUCAAUUCACGACCUUUUGCACUCGGGCGACCGCGAGUCUCGGUCGGCGCCACGCCGCCGACGUCGGUCAGCUCCUCGUGACGCAUCUGCGUCAGCAUGGACUGCGACCGCUCCACGACGUGACGCAAAAUGGCGUUGGUGUGUACGGAAAAAAGGCCGACGGCGUCGCAGGGCUCAUUUUGAUCGAGCUGUCGCAGUCCAAGUCGCACCACGUUGGCGUCCGCGCGUACUUUGUCUCGGAGCGCGACGUCGUGAGCUUGGACGCCGGUCGGCAUUUGCCGCAGUCGAGCUACCCGGUCCUGUCGCGCGCCGACCUCGUCUCGACCUUCCAAGCGAUCGCGCGCGCGACCAACGUCCGACGCCUCGUGUACGAUUACGUGAUAUCGGACCUCCACGCGUUCGUCUUGCACACGUUGUCGGUGUCGACGACCGCGCUCCAGGCGCACGUGGCCUUUGGCGACCCGUCGACGUCGGUUGUGCGCAACGUCGUCGGCACGAUGAAUGCGUUUCUCGAAGCGUACCCGUCGGCGCCAGAGAGCGCGGUGUAUGGCCUGCAAGCGUGGGAGUUUGUCGUCGAGAACGUCGCGACGUUGCUGCGCUACAUUGCGUGCCAUGCGACGCGGUACUAUGUGAGCGACCUCCUCAUCUUUGGGACGCCCGAUGCGAUCGCCACCAAGAGCGCGACCGGUCGGUUCAUCAAAGACUUCAACGAACAACCGAUCGCGCUCGACAGUACGCCGUAUACGCUCGUGCUCACGAGCUCGUCCCAAAACACGCUCAAGGUCUACGCGCUGCAUACGACCGACGCGCUCUCGCACCUCUGGGAACACGUCGAGCUGUUUGUGAUGGAGCUCAUGCGUGUCGCGAGCGUCGACUAUAAGCGCGACAUUCUCUGGUCGCGGCUCCUCUUUGGGGCGGCGCAGACGGGGCUCGAAGCGCCGCCGUGCGAAGUCGACGUGCAGCAACUGGAAGACUGCCUCGCGCUCUCUGUGCGGACGCCAUUUGACCGCAUUGACCCGGUGCUCACAGAGCUCCUCGCCGUGACGCAGGUCGACUGGUCCGAGUUCCUCGGGCUUCUCAAAGUCGUGCACAAGGAGGGGAUGCGCGAGUACCAGUUCCACAGCCGACGCCAUGUGCUCCUCAUGUGUGAGAGCGCGCGGGACAUUAUGAUUCACAUCUACCACGACGACGUCUCGGGCCUCCUCUCGAUGGAGAUUUGCCGACGUGAAGAGCCUGCGAGCGGCGCCCUCUCGCACGAACAGCGCCAAACCGUGCGCGACCUUGUCAACCACAUCGUCUACUGGCUCUGGACCCAAGUGACGACCUAAGAUCGUUGCGCUUUUUCUCAAGUCGAGUAUGUUGUUGGACGU